AUGGCGUCAGUCGUACCAGUGAAGGAGAAGAUGCUCAUGGAUGUGAAACUAGGAGAGCUGCCCAGCUGGAUACUGAUGCUGGAUUUCACCCCUAAGGGCAUUGCUGGAGCAUUUCAAAGAGAACACGAGCGGCUAUGA